UCCCUAGGUUUCCUUUAUUUCCUUAAGAAAUAAAUGGAGUAUUGGUAACAGCUCCCUUCUCUCCUGAACAACAUUCUGGGAAGAACAAGGCCAGUAAAUGCCUUCGAGGGUUAGACUGGAACUGGUUUUUUUUUUUUUUAUUCCUUGGGAACAUAGGGAUAGCCCCAGCAUUCACCUCUUAGACACAAAGAUAGCCAUCCAUUCCUACCUGGCAUUCCUCUUGUGUUGCCUUGAACAGGGAGCUAGCUGAUCAGCAGAGCCUUCUGUCAGAUUCAGGCUUUCUGCCCACUCUGGAGUGGGUCAGGCCUCCUCCUGUCAUGUCCAUAUGGACCAUAGCCUGGUGGAGAAGCCAUAUGCUAAGAGCAGCUGGACUGGAAGAGGCUCCAAGAUCUUUCUUGAUCAUCCUCUCUUCUAGGUCCUUAAGAUGCUAACCUGGGCCAAGGGAGCAAAUGUCAUUGGAGAAGUUAAGGUUCAUCCCUUCUCAAGAAUACAAAUUCCUUUUAAGGCAAUGUGUCCCGCCUCUCCCAUCCAUAUAAGGGCAGCUUUGAUAUAAUAGCUUCUGCAAAACAAGCCCCACCCAGAGCCAAGCUGGCUUUGACUUUGGCCUGGGCUUUCUGCCAAGGAAGGGCACCUGCCAGACUGGCUUAGGCCAGUCUGAGUGAGCUGGCCCUGGCAGCCUGUAUGGCGGAGGAAAGGUUUCUCAGUUCUACAAAGCCUACAGGCUGGCCUAAAUAUAGGGAGAGGAGAAUGUAUGGAAGGUUUUUUUCCAAUUUUGCAUCCUCUAGGGGCUGGCAGGGUGAACCUCUCUUACCAACACUGGCCUUAGAGUUGAAAUGAGAGGGCAAGACUAACGUUUGAGGUACAAUCAUAUAACACUGGACAAAACUUCAGUUAAGUAGAUAGUAGCUCCCAAGCCCCACCUUUAGGUAAAUCGGAGCGAGCGCAGACGGGCGUGGCCUGAAGCCUCUAGGCUACGCCCACUUCACAAUUUUGCUCAGUCAUUGGCGAACCGCGUCCUGGGGGCGUGUCCUAUUGCCAGCCUCCGCCCCUGACGCACCUAUACAAGGGGGGGGCGGUUCGGCGCGCGCUCGCCUAGUAGGAGCCAGACUGCAAGGCGGAGGGCUGUGUGUGUGUUCCGUGACCCUCUCGGGAAGAUGAUGAACGGGACGCGUAGCUGGUGUACACUGGUGGACGUGCACCCGGAAGCGCAGACCUCGGGCAGCGUGGAUAUUCUCAGGCUGACUCUCCAGAGUGAACUGACAGGAGAUGAACUUGAACGAAUAGCUCAGAAGGCGGGCAGGAAGACGUAUGCCAUGGUGUCUGGCCGCUCAACUGGGCAUUCUCUGGCCUCAGAACUGGUGGAGUCCAACGAUGGACACGAAGAGAUCAUUAAGGUGUACUUAAAGGGGAGGUCUGGAGACAAGAUGAUCCAUGAGAAGAAUAUUAACCAGCUGAAGAGUGAGGUCCAAUAUAUCCAGGAGGCCAGGAAUUCCCUGCAGAAGCUCCGGGAGGAUAUAAGUAGCAAGCUCGACAAGGAUCCAGGAGCUUCUCUCCAUCAACAGGAGAUACAGGUAGUGCUAGAAAAGCCCAAUGGCUUUAGUUCAAGUCCCUCGACUCCACCUCCGCCUCCGAAUAGCAGAACACCUGAGGUGGACACCUUUGUAAAUGAAGAUGUUGAGAGCUUGAGGAAGACUGUGCAGGACUUGCUUGUCCAACUGCAGGAGGCUGAGCGCCAGCACCAGUCAGAGCGUGUAGAUUUUGAGGCCACACUCAGCCGGUACCAGAGAGAAGCAGAGCAGAGUCACGUGGCCCUUCAGCGAGCGGAGGACCGAGUGGAGCAGAAGGAGGCGGAAGUCGAGGAGCUGCAGAAGCGCUUGCUGGGGAUGGAGACGGAGCAUCAGGCGUUACUGGCGAAGGUCAGGGAAGGGGAGACAGCCCUGGAGGAACUGCGGGGCAAGAACAGCGACUGCCGAGCAGAACAAGAAAAGGCUGCUAACCUGGAAAAAGAAGUGGCUGGAUUGCGGGAGAAGAUCCACCACUUGGAUGACAUGCUUAAGAGCCAGCAGCGGAAAGUCCGACAAAUGAUAGAGCAGCUCCAGAAUUCAAAAACUGUGAUCCAGUCAAAGGACACUGCCAUCCAGGAACUCAAGGAGAAAAUUGCCUACCUGGAAGCUGAGAAUUUAGAGAUGCAUGACCGAAUGGAACACUUGAUAGAAAAACAAAUCAGUCAUGGCAACUUCAGCACCCAGAACCGGGCCAAGACUGAGAACCCGGGCAGCGUUAGGAUAUCCAAGCCCCCCAGCCCUAAACCCAUGCCUCUCAUCCGAGUGGUGGAAACAUGAGCUAAAGGAGACGGAUGCUGAUGCUGCUGCUGCUGCCACCUCAGGCCUGCGGAGGAGCCCCCACCCCUGGAGGCUGCUGGCCCCAACUUUGAUUUCCUGACUGUUCCCUGGCUGCAGUCAGGGUUCACAUUUCCAAACUCUCAUCCUCUGGGCACUGGGCAGUUGGAGGCUGAGCGCCCCCUCCGGACACUGCAGCCUUCUGGAGGCUGCUAUCCUGCCCGUGGGAGCCAGGGCAGCAUCCUUAUUCCCGUAGUUAUUAUUCUUCUCUGUAGCAGAGCCUCCCUUCUGUUGUAGACUGGAGUUCAGCUGUCCCAGAUGCCAGGCCCUCAGCGGGUUCGGAAAGGUGACAAGAGCUGCCUCAGCCCUGGAAGCUGGAGGCACAGAUGUCUGCAGUGACUGGAGAGUGUCCUGGGGGAGCCAAGUUCCUUCCGUAAACACAGCUCAGUUCUUAGCAACAAACUGUUUGUUUUUCUACUUGCUCCACCCUCAGCCCAGGCUGACCUCGGCCUCCGACGGAUAGACAGUGGGGCUACUUGUCAUGGCUUGGUCAGAGUCAGUGAACCUUGACUUUGACUGGAUGGCCUGGUCUUUGGGGGAGGGGAAUGGCCUUCAGGGAGUAGCUCUUAGCAGAAAGACUCCAUAAGGCCAUGGACAGUUACGUGGGACUUCUUUCUGCUGUGAAGACUCCCAGAAUCUCUUAGGGUUUUCCCCUGAGUUGCAGUGCAAGAUACACCUUGGUCUUCUGACUCAGAGCCUGAAAGCUGUUUUCAUUGGGUUCCAUCAAUCUCAGCGAAACUGUCACGGUAUUUAUUUUGCUAAAUUAUUGGUGUUUUUGCUUACAACUCACGACUGAUUUAAUACCAGAGUUCUACAGCCUUCUCUCGCGGUGUUUGGACUUGCUCGACACAGGGAAAGACUGUUCCCACUGGUCCAUUUGAGAAUGACAUUGUUAUAAAUCUUUUUUCUCUCUUUCUUCCACCUGCUGCUUUUCCCUUCCUCCUGCAAACCUGCUCUGUACCUCAGGGAGGCAAGUAUAUUUGCCCUGAGGCAUCAGGGUUCUGAGUAUGUGCUGUUUGAAAGGGACUGACUUCUUCCCUUGACCCCCUACCCCAUCCUCCUCUGCAGCACAACCGGUCUGUUAUCCUGGCUCUGAAUGCACCUGCUACUCAUCGUGUUUCCUUUAGGGCUCUUCCUGCAGCCUCAAGAAGGAGCUAAGCAUCAGAAUGUGGUCCUAUGGGACACAGAGAAAUGAAAACCAAACAUGAAUUAAGUCUUUAGGUUCUGCUUGGCUCAAAACCAGAAGCCUUAAGUCUGUGGUUUCUGUGCAUCAGGACUGGGCUCCCGUGCUGGCCUUGUCCGCUGUGGCGGUCUGGUGUUCUUCGUGCCGUUCCCGCUUGUAAAACGAGACCAAAGGACCAGAUCAUCUCCAUGGGCUCAUCCAGUUCUGAUAUCCUCUCCGGUGGCAUAGUCUUUAUAGGGUGACUUUAAUAAAUUAUGUUAACAUGUC